AUGGACUUGAUUAUCAAAAAGUGCCGGAAGAGUAGGGCCAGUGAGGGUCGACCCAGAAUUAAGUGGGGUGGCUUGACGCCAGUUAGUGCACGGGAGAUAGGGGAGAAAAUGGCGGGAUUCGGGGUGUGGGAGUGGAGGGGGGACGUGGAUGAUAUGUGGGAUAAGGCUUCCAGCUGCCUCAUGGAGAUGUCUAGAGAGGUGUUGGGUGUUUUGAGUGGUCAGGCAGAUGAAGAGGAUAAAUGGGUAAAUAGAGAGGUUUAUAAAGUAGCAAGGAAGGAGGCUAAGUUAGCAGUUAUGGCUGCUAAGACAGCAACGUUUGAGAGUUUGUAUGCGGGGUUAGAGAAGAAAGGCGGGGAAAAAGGGGAGUUGGAGCGCUCGGAGGAGAGCCGUGAUUUCAGUUACUGUAGACGUUUUAAGGUUGAGGAUGUUAGAGAGCCUAUCCGAAGGAUGCGGAGGGGUAGGGCGAUGGGGCCUAACAAGAUUUCGGUGGAUUUUUUGAAGUAUACUGGUGAAGCAGGUUUAAGGUGGUUGACUGAUUUGUUUAACGACAUUUUCAAGACUGCGAGGAUGCCUAAGGCUUGGAGAUGGAAUACGAUGAUUUUGUUAUAUAAAAACAAGGGUGAUAUUCAGAGCUGCAACAACUAUAGGGUUAUUAAGCUGUUGAAUCACACUAUGAGGAUUUGGGAGAGGGUGGUUGAGCGAAGAUUGAGGAGGUUCGUGUCCAUUUCGAAGAAUCAGUUUGGUUUUAUACCUGGUCGCUCGAUGACAGAG